GAAGGAAGGAAGGAAGAUUACAUCACUCCAGCCGCCUAGGGCUGAUUGGAUGAACUGGCAGCAUCCAAAUAAUCAAAACAAUCCAUCACAAAAUGUGCAACACCAACAAUGUCCAACUGCCACAUGAAUUGCUGCAUCGUCACAAUGGCUGCACCAAACAGCCCAGGAUAUCUGUCCCGAACAGAUUGCAAGGCAGGGCACUCAAACACAAGGUGGCGCUCAUCCCCAAUAACCUGCUGGGCACAACGCAUGCACAAACGCUGGGGCCGGGGAAUCCUUGCCCAGCGGCCCGAGACAUUGGGCAGACUAUGACAACCCAUCCUGAACUUCAACAGUAUACGCAAGCAACGGGCACUCAAAGGCUGCUGUAAGAGCUGGCAAGGGUGGCGCACACAAGCUGGCCUAGCAAACCAUCUGUGAUAUGUACACAAGGUGGCAUUGCUGGACGGGCAGGUCCUAGGGCAAAUGUCAAUGUCAUCCCAAACCUGCAGUGCUUGCGCAUCUAGCAGCUGCAUCACAGCAUCAACUUCCACAGGAACAAGGGUGUCAAACCGAAUAACAAACUCAUACCCAAUUCGGCGCAAGCCCCGCAUGAAGGCCCAAGCCCAAUUCUUAACAUUACGGGUUAUGGCAUCCCAACAAUCAUCAAGGGCCACUUGCCUGUGAAAAUUAUUUGCAGGCAAGGCAGCCAAAUUGUUCCAGAACUUGAUAAUGCGCCGCCACCACACACAAUCAAGGGUCUGCUGAUUCAACUCCUUAAGCAAGAUGGCACCAUGCACAGAGGUGGGGACGCCAGCAAUGUCUCUCAGAAUUUUCAGGUGAGAGGAGGCCAAGGCAGCCCGGCCCCGCCGGCUGUCGCCACCAGGAAGGCUGCGCAGGCCCCACACCUCACAACCGCGUACUGGACACAGAGAAGGGCCAGCAAAGCUCACACUGAGGAGCGACUGCGAAAGAGUCUGUAUGGCCAACCUGAAGAGUACAGGCAGGAGGUGCAACAGGUGGAGCAGCAGAGGGUGAAGGAGAAGCAGGCUAUCAAGCAGAGGGAGGAGGAGGAAGAAAUGCGCUGGCACCAGAGGCAGGGGCAUAACCCCGAGCAGCUCAGCGCGCAGAUUGAGCGGCCGUGGACCAUCUCAGCCCUGUCGAUCCCAGAGCAUGUAGCGGCGCGGGCCAGACGCGCGCAUCAGCAUGAAGACAACGAGCUGAACAGGCGCGCAGCGGCAGAGAAUGCCCUGUUCAAGCGCAUGCACAAGGAGGCGGAUCGGCAGGCUGUGAACAAGGAGCUGUGCAGAGAGGAGGGCUUCUUCAACUUCGGCGCGGCUUCAGAGAAGUGGAUUGCACCAGAGCUGCGGGUGAAACACAUCCAUGCCCCUGCAGUGCACCGCUCCUCCGUCUUCCCAGCCGGCUCUGCUACACCCUCAGUGCAGGGUACGCCGCGAGCUACACAGUCACCAGCACUCAGCAGGACUUGCUCGGUUUUCCCAGCCGGCAGCGCGACACCCUCAGUGCAGGGAACGCCCCGAGCUACACAGUCACCGGCAGUCAGCAGGGCUGCCUCGGUGAGCAAGCCUGCGAUUGGAAUGCAGCACCCGUGGGCCUGGGAUGCAGAGCCAAUCCACAGCAGGGGCAGACGGUAA